AUGAGUUGCUUAGGAUGGAACGGCCGGGGGCUCGGGGGCUCCGAGGCCGUUCGAGAGCUUCGCAGCGUGGCGAAGCAGGAGGGGCCUGCACUGAUCUUUGUGAUGGAAACGAAGAUUAGUGCGGAGAGAGUGGAGGAUCUGCGGAUACCUUUGGGUUAUGCAGGUUGUUUUGCAGUGAAUAGUGAUGGACUCAGCGGUGGUCUUGGAUUGUUCUGGUCCAGGGACUAUGAGGUUGAUGUUAAAAGUUAUAGUAUCGGCCAUAUUGACGCGAUGGUGCGAAAGAAGGAUCAUUUUUCUCCGGAGUGGAGAUUCACUGGGUUCUAUGGGGCGCCGAGAGCAGAAAAUAGAUAUCACAGUUGGCGUUUCUUGAGAACGUUGUUUGGGGUUCCGCAUUCGGCAUGGCUGUGUAUGGGAGAUUUUAAUGAAACUCUGUAUGCGUCGGAGCACUUCUCUCGUGCAGCUCGGCCCGAAUGGCAGAUGAGAAACUUUCGAGAUGCAGUUGAUGAUUGUCAGUUACAAGAUCUAGGAUGGUCUGGUACAGCUUACACCUGGGAUAAUCGUCAAGCUGGUGAUGCGAAUGUAAAAGCCAGGCUUGAUAGAGCGUUGGCGAAUUCUGAGUUUUUGAUUCGCUUUGAGCACACAAGAGUUCGACAUAUUGUAGCGACGGAAUCAGAUCACUGUUUUGUACUCGUGGAGUUGCGUGAACGUUUAUCUGAACAACGGACUAGUGGGGCCAAACUCUUCCGCUACGAAAAUGUGUGGCAAACCCAUGCCGACUAUGAUAAGUUAGUCAAGGACAGUUGGGAGAAGGGGGCUGGCCAGCGUGGGUUAGUUGGUGUUGUUGAUGCUCUUCAGAACCUACAAGCAAAGUUAAGUUCUUGGGGUGCAGAGGAGUUUGGGUGUUUGCCGCGGACUGUGAAAAAGCUCCGGCAAAAAUUAAACAGUCUACGGGCAAAGUCGGUGGGCCGUGGCCCAAGUGAGGAAGAGAAGGCCGUCGUCAAGAAACUGCGACGUGCUUUACACCAAGAGGAAAUUUAG